UUUUUCUGGAAAUAGGAACAAAAUUCGACUGUCACCAGUCUUGGAAAACAAGGAUUACAUUUAAUAUUAACUUAUAUAGAAUACUUGUUGAUUGAACAAAAUGGUUGACUACAGCAAGUGGAAAAACAUUGAGAUUUCGGAUGAUGAGGACGAUACACACCCGAACAUCGAUACACCUUCGCUGUUUCGCUGGCGACAUCAAGCGCGUGUGGAGCGCAUGGCCGAGAUGGAUAAGGAGAAGGAGGACUUUAAGAAGAAGCGGCAGAGCCAAAAGGCGCGUCUUUUAGAUGUGAAGGAGCGCAUUAGCAAAAAAGAGGGGGACGAGGCGGCGCUCAAGAAAGAGCUGGAGAAGGUUGAAAACGAGGGCAAAGAGCUUGACCGCCUUGAGAACGAAAUGCUAAAGAAGGAAAAGAAAACGCCCUGGAAUGUAGACACAAUCAGCAAGCCGGGCUUCGAGAAGACUGUGAUCAAUAAGAAGCCCGCACGCAAGCCCGAUGAGAAUAUAUCCGAGGAGGAGCGCGAACAUCGCAUGAAAACGUUUGUCAAGGAGAACGAAAAGUUGUGUAAACAGUACGGCAUGUUGCGCAAAUACGACGAUUCCAAGCGCUUCCUGCAGGAACAUCUGCAUCUGGUUUGCGAGGAUACGGCUAACUAUCUGGUCAUUUGGUCCAUCAAUCUAGAAAUGGAAGAGAAACACGAAUUGAUGGCGCAUGUGGCCCAUCAAUGCAUUUGCAUGCAGUACAUUCUGGAGCUGGCCAAGCAGCUGGAUGUCGAUCCACGUGCUUGCGUGAGCUCGUUCUUCUCAAAAAUACAGCACUGUGUGCCCGAAUAUCGGGCCCAGUUCGAGAGUGAAAUUGAGGGCUUUAAGGAACGCAUUCAGAAACGAGCCCAGGAAAAGGUACAGGAGGCUAUCGCCCAGGCCGAGGAGGAAGAGCGUCAGCAGCGCUUGGGACCCGGUGGUCUGGAUCCAGCCGAUGUGUUUGAAUCGCUUCCAGAUGAGCUGAAGGCCUGUUUCGAAUCCCGAGACAUUGAGCUGUUGCAGAAGACAAUUGAGGCUAUGCCAGUUGAUGUGGCCAAAUAUCAUAUGAAGCGUUGUGUAGAUUCGGGACUUUGGGUGCCAAAUGCCAAAGAUGCUCCACUUGGUGAUAAAGAGGAUGGAGAAGCUGGGGAAUCGUCAACAGCAGCAGCAACAGCCGAUAAGGUCGACAAAACUGAUGAUGCCAAGUCAGAAAAGGAACCCAUAUAUACGGGCGUCAGCACUGACGAUGUGGAUUGAUUCCCACGAUAUUAUUAUUAUUGAAAAUCGUUUCCAUUUGCUAUACGCCCCAUAGACCUUAAGCUUAACAGUUUCCUGUCCAUAAUCAUGCAUCAUGCGCAAAAAACAGCAUUUUCACUUGAUUGAAUGUUUGUAUAUACAUAUGUAAACGAUUUGGUUUGAAUAACAACAGUAAAUUAUCAGUAGGCUGUAUCUCGUCCACUGUCAUUUUGAUGUGCCCCUCUCUAAAUAAAUAUGAAUAUCAAGUGACUUACACAGAA